AUGACCGAUCAUCUCAAUGCUUUCGCCAAUGAAGCAGAGCGUAUGAUUCUGGAGACCGAACGACAGCUUCAUGCCGUAGAUAUAAAGCUGCAGUUGCUUGAGGCAAAGCUGGCAGCAAUACCUGACCCUGGUGCAAAACCUGGCGAUCCUACAAAAGCGCCGGUCUCGGAAAAUAAGAAUGUUGUUCCUUCCGACUCAGUAGCGCAACGAUCAGCAGCUUUACCCAGUCAAGAAGUUGUUGGUCCUUCUCAGCAAAAAGAACUAUCUCCAAGUCCUGAUGUUAGCGGUGUUUCACAACUGCCCGUACCUUCCGCGCAAGAAACCCCAGCUGCCCAGCAAGAUGUUCUUCUAGUCAAGGAUGACCCGGCCUAUGCCAAAUAUUUCAGGAUGCUGAAGCUGGGAGUUGUGGAAGCUGCAGUGAAGCAGAAAAUGCAGUCAGAAGGUUUCGAUCCAGCUCUUCUUGACACACCAAAUGCUCCUUCGCCAAACGUGAAUGCGCAAGAAGAACCCUCAGAAGCAGCAAUUCCCGCGAAAGCGACCGCGGUUGAGAGCGAUGGCAGCGACUUUUCUUCAGUUUCAUCGUUCAGUGAUUCUGACUGA